ACUGCUAAGUAUUUCACACAAUGUAUUCCUCCUUCGGAUACAGGACACGAAUACUGUUUACCGUGCUCUUGACUGUUUCUUCGUUUUUCCUCUCCGUUCAUAUAAACAAAUUGUCCCGGAAACGUCCCACACCGGUUUAUCGUGUACAAGAACAAGGACUUCGCAGUUUGUUGUCAUUGCCAAAAUCACAGCGCAGACCAAAAACAUGCCUGGUGGAAAACGUUUACGAACCGGAAGGCGUUAUAUUUCUUCACCCUGCGAAUACUUCGACAGAAUUGCGGAAUAUGCUGCGUACUAUGUGGCGUAAAGUGGAAGUCAAAUGUCAAUACAAAAUUAUUUUUAUAGCUUUUGAUUCUGAACCAACUAAUGAACCUGACAAACUGGAAAACACUUUAUUUCUGAACACGUCGAAUGAAGCCCAAAAUAUUGGGGAUAUGCAACAGUGGAUUAAACAGAAAUGCAAACUUGCCAAAUAUUUUGGAUUUCUUGACAACGUUACGGAGAAUUCUUUGAGUGAAUUUGCACACGGUGGCACAAGUUUCCGUAUCCUUCCAGGAACAGUUACUGCUCCCGAUCUCAUUGGUGCGCAUUUUAAUUGGUGCAUGGCGAAGGUACCAACUCCGCGAGAGGAAAGCAUUUCCGAUCUGGGCAACUACGAUUUGUUGUCGAUAACGGACACGGACGCACCUAUUAUCGAAAUGGAUUCCGAAGCUCAGACAAUGUUACUAGAAAGCUUGCCUGCUGAUCGGAGAAGCAUUCUUCUUAAAGAAGACCAAGGAAAACAAAUAAACAGUAACGAUUUUCAGUACAUAAUCAAUCAAGCCGAAUUAUGCACGGACUCCCUCAAAAAUUCUCCACCUUUCGCAUUUAUUGCCGUGCACUCAGCCAUCCAUCAUUUCGAUCUCCGGGAAGAGAUAAGAUCAACCUGGGGUAAUCCCGAGCUGCUCCAGAGAUUGGGGGCAGUGUUGUUGUUUUUUCUCGGAUUAUCCGACAAUUCUACCGUCCAGCAGGAAGUGGUUGCGGAAAGCGCGCGCCACCGCGACGUUAUUCAACAAAACUAUACUGACCAUUACCGGCAAUUAACGCUUAAACACACUGGCAUAUUCCAGUAUUUCACCAGUUACUGUGAUGAGAUUCCAUAUCAGUUUUUAAUGAAAACCGACGAUGACGUUGUGAUUGAUCUGGAGACAACGUUGUCGUUCUUGAAGAAUUUAACCUUUGCUAUGCCGAAUAUAACGAAAAGUAUUUACUGUUUCCAUUUGGAAGCCCAAGAGAAGGUUCCCAGGAAGAAAAGCUUUAAAUGGUACAUAACGUACGAGGAAUAUCCCGGCGAAACGUAUCCGCCGUUCUGUUAUGGAAAUGGAUAUUUGUUUACCAAAGAUUUGGUGCGUCCAGUGUACGACAUGGCAGUGCGAACACCGCAGCUUUGGGUUGAUGAUGCUUAUUUCACUGGAUUUGUUGCAAGAAACAUAAAGGAAGUACAUCGCAUUCAGCUGCCUCAUCAACGUCCCAUUUUGCCAAAGGUCAUGACACCGGAAGAAAUUAUCGAAGGGAAAAAAUGGAUGGUGCAUACCUGGGGUGAUGCAACAGUUUUUGACACAUACUGGACGGCAUUCCAGAGUCGUCAUAACGACAGUAUCAAGAAAAUAUUCCUAAAUGACAUUUACAAGCGGACUGGCACUAAUUUGUCAGAUUCACUGUUUGAUAUUUAUUAGCUGAAUUUGCUGUAACCCAGCUAAUUACCAUUGAUUGUUGGUGCUGGUUUAGCCAAUUCUUGCCUGUUCCUGUCGGAUCCCUUAUGCGCACAAUUUCCGUUUUUCGUAAAAUCCAGUAAUAAUAUCCGGUAUAUUGUUACUUAUGGCGCAGAAUUAACUAAAUUAUUAUUAUUAUACCAAAGUAAUUUUUAAAAGCUACACUUCUCGAAUGACGAAACCCAAGCGCGACAAACACCACAUACUUUGUCUUUACCGUUUGGUAAUAGUUUUGAUAGUAUUCAUCACGGUACAGGU